AUGUCUCCCGCCGUGAAAAUCUCCGAGCCCAAUCUGGACAUCAGCUUCCAAGACUACCUCGUUCUCUCCAAGCUGGUCUUUGACUGGGCCGAUAGCUACGAUGCCAAGGAUUGGGACCGCCUCCGCAGCAUCAUCGCCCCGACGCUGACGGUGGAUUACACCAAGAUCGGGCUCAAGAGAUGGGAUGACAUGUCUGCGGAGGACUACAUGGCCAUGGUGACACAUCCCGGCUUCCUGGGCGAUCCCACUAUCAAGACGCAACACCUUCUGGGUCAAAGCUGGUGGGAGAAGAUUUCCGACACCGAGGUCAUUGGCCAUCAUCAGCUGCGUGCCGCGCAUCAGGUGUACGAGACGGUGGAUCUCCAGGAGGUCAAACUGCGCGGUCACUCGCAUGCUACGAAUGAGCACUACUACCGCAAAGUGAACGGGGUGUGGAAAUUUGCGGGCCUGAAGCCAAAUGUCAGAUGGAACGAGCUGCGAUUUGAGGAAGUCUUCCGAGGCUUGGACUGA